AUGAGGCUUGUGGUGCUCAUCAUCUGUUGCUCAGUUCUCAUUGUUCUCUCCAAAGCACACGUGGCAAAACGGCAAGUGACAAAUGAAGUCUUCCAAGACGUGGUUCGACAAAAGACACGAGGAAAUAAAAUUCAACAGUGCCCUUGUGUAAUUCACCCGGACUCACAACAAUGCAUCUCUUAUGAUUCCCGCUACGUUGCUGUCAACUACGAAGAGGCGAUCUUAUCUUUUCUUGAUCUUUCGAAACACAGUAGUAAUGUUGCCCCUCUGAUUAACAGCAACACAUUCUCUUGUCGCAGUUCGGAAUGUCAGCAAUGUUUCUCUCUGCUUUAUUACAAACUGGGCGAUCUUGGUUUCAUACCUUCUAGUUACAGAUCUUCCAUUGCUCCACUACCUCAGCAACAAUUAAAUCCUAGCUUAUGUCCACGGUACAACUUUCCUAAACCAGUGAUUGCUCCUGUUCCGCCCGCAAUAGUUCCCUCUUAUAUGCAAAGUGUAAUCAAUGCUGGAAAACAAUUCCGCAGUUCAAUUUCACCACAAUCAAAUACACGUUCUCGCUCUAAUCAUGGAUCUCCACCUUCUGCAUCUCCUCCAAUCCCUCAAAAUAAUCGAAACAACAAUAACAAUAAUAACAAUAACAACAACAACAAUAAUGGAAACUUUCCGGGUAAUCGUAACCCUAACAGAAACCAAAACCUGAAUCAGAACCAAAAUCAAAAUUCAAGAAACCAACAAAGUAUGCAAGGACAACGAAAUUUUAAUCAGAACAACCGAAAACAAAACGAAAGAACGCAAUUUCGGAACAACCAAGCAAUGCGAAACCGGUUCAAUUCGCAGCAAAGAGCAAACAAUUUCCAGAACAAUUUCCAACAACAACGUCCGAAUCAGAAUUUCCAACAACCUCAAAGACCCUGGCAAGGACAACAACAGCAGUUCCAGCAGCCACGUCCACAGUUCCAGAAUCCAAGACCGUUUCAGAGUUUUAAUGGUGUUCAACAACAUUGGAAUGGAAGAUUCUGGGAACCAGCAGGACAUGCAAUUGGAGAAGCAAUAAGAAACCCAAUUCAAAACACUGUUGGCAACGGUUGGCAAGGUGGUUGGGGUAACGGAAAUGGAAACGGACAAGGAAAUGGCGGUGGUGGUGGAUCGCCACAAACUCCCAUUCAACCAGCUCCCGCACCAGCACCAGCUGUUCCUCAACCACUUCCAUGGACAGGUGGUAAUGGCGGGUUUGGUGGUAAUGGUGGAUUUAAUGGAGGUUGGGGAGGUGGUGGAUCAGGCGAGAACAAUAACAAUCAUCCACUAUUCGGAAUCUUGGGAGGAUUAGGUUUCAAGAACCGUCAAAAACGUGCAGAGCCACCGACAAUUAUCGGGAAGCGGUUUACUAUUAAUUGCAUGAACCGAGGAGACUCAGAAGAUGAUAUGCUGGCAUUAUGUGGGUCGUGUUGGACUUGGAGGCAGCUUCCGGAAAACUAUUUUCCAAGAAUUAUCAAUGAGCUCAGUUGUAAACCUGAUGAUUACUGUCUCUCAGGUUGGGGAGAAUGUGUGCAACAAUACCGCAACGUCGACGUCCUUCGGAGAGACAACGGCCGUUGGGUGCCUACAGUAAUCACAACCUCUACAUGUUGUGACUGUCGAGUUCGAGCGGGUACAGAAAUUCAUUCUCUUGUAAUUGGUGAUAAGCACUGA